GUCUCUUUCUCUUUCUCUAUCGGCUCGGCUGCAUAUUUUCUUGGCCCUGUCGUCCUCGGGGGUUGCACGGAAGAGACACACAGAUAGAGGGAUAGAGAGGUAGAGAGAGAGGAGGGUUGCUAUUGUCUCAAGCUCUGCAAGUUUAAACCAACUUUUCAGUAGUUUAACCAAAACAAGAGGGAUACUUUUAUUCAACCCCAAGCUGCGGUGAGCCAUGCUGAGGCUGAUCUUUCUGGCGGCGCUCGCCGGCUUCUCUCAGGCCAGUGAUGUGCUUGACUACACGGACGAUGACUUCGAUAGCAGGAUUGGAGACCAUGAUAUGGUUCUUGUGGAGUUUUUUGCACCAUGGUGUGGCCAUUGUAAACGGUUAGCACCUGAGUACGAGGCAGCAGCUACACGUCUGAAAGGCAUCGUCUCUCUGGCCAAGGUUGACUGCACAUCCAGCAGCAACACUUGCAGCAAAUAUGGCGUCAGUGGUUACCCGACCCUGAAGAUCUUCAGGGACGGAGAAGAAGCUGGUCCCUAUGAUGGUCCCAGAACUGCAGAUGGGAUCGUCAGCUUCCUUAAGAAGCAGGCUGGCCCCGCUUCUGUAGAGCUCAAGGCCGACGCAGAGUUGGCGAAAUACAUCGGAGACCACGACGCAAGUGUUGUCGGAUUCUUUGCUGACGACAAGAGCACAGCACAGGCAGAGUUCCUGAAGGCAGCCAGCGCCCUGAGGGACAACUACCGCUUCGCCCACACCAACUCUGAGGCUCUGCUCCAGAGUCAUGGCAUCGACGGAGAGGGAGUCGUCCUGUUCCGCCCAUCAAGACUCAACAACAAAUUCGAGGACAGCUCCGUCAAAUACAGCGAGGACAAAUACGCCAGCAAUAAAAUCAAGAAGUUCAUCCAGGACAACAUCUUUGGAAUGUGCCCCCAUAUGACAGACGACAACAAAGACCAGCUGAAGGGAAAAGAUCUGCUGGUGGCUUAUUACGAUGUCGAUUAUGAAAAAAACCCCAAGGGCUCCAACUACUGGAGGAACAGGGUGAUGAAGGUUGCUAAGAGCUUCCUGGAUCAGGGCAAGAAGCUGAACUUUGCCGUGGCCAACAAGAACGCUUUCGGCCACGAUUUGUCCGAGUUCGGCCUGGACGGCAGCUCAGGAGAACUGCCCGUGGUCGCCAUCCGCACCGCCAAGGGAGACAAAUUCAUCAUGAGCGAGGAGUUCUCUCGCGAUGGAAAAGCUCUGGAGCGUUUCCUGCAGGACUACUUUGAUGGCAAGUUGAAGCGUUACCUCAAAUCAGAGCCCAUCCCCGAGAACAACGACGGACCCGUCAAGGUCGUGGUCGCCGAGAACUUCGACUCCAUCGUCAACGACGACAGCAAAGACGCUCUGGUCGAGUUUUACGCUCCGUGGUGCGGACACUGCAAGAACCUGGAGCCCAAAUUCAACGAGCUGGGAGAAAAGCUCGCCGGCGAUCCCAACAUCGUCAUCGCCAAGAUGGACGCCACAGCCAACGACGUUCCAUCUCCAUAUGAAGUCAGCGGUUUCCCUACAAUCUUCUUCGUUCCAGCCGGACGUAAGAUGAACCCAAAGAAAUACGAGGGAGGUCGCGAGGUGAGCGACUUCAUCUCCUACCUGAAGAGGGAGGCGACCAACCCCUUGGUGGUGCAGGAGGAGUCCAAGAAAAAGAAGAAGAAGAACGACAGGCCAAUGAACCCAGAGCUAUAAAUGCUCCAAAUUUGGAACUCAACUUCCCCCCCCUGCCCCACCCCAGCCUGCAACAGGAGGAGGAUUUGGGGGGCGGUGGGGGGAGGGGAUCCAUGCAGAGAAAGAACUAAAUUAUAUUCCACUCUCUUAGUGAACUACCGAAUGCUCUGAAGCCAAGUCGAAAAAGACGCGGCCCUCCCUUUUUAGGUCCUCCGCCGCUCUGGGAUUACUGUGGAAAGGAGGAGGAGGAGAGGUGGUGGCCAGGGCCUGCCCGAUGUUUAAAAACAAAAACAAAUUUUUAGGGAAGGGGGGGGGGCAAGCUUUUUGACAAUUGAGAUUUUUAUUUCCCCUGGUCUGUCUACUACACCUCAGGCUGAUGCACUUUGGUUUUGACACCAGUUUCCAGUCGUCAUCAUCUGUCGCUUUUUUGGUUUUGUUGUCAUCGCGUCACAGGGGGGUUAAUGGUAUAUGGUGAAUUCCUCUUUUUUUUUUUCUUUCCUUUUUUUUUGUCGUUUUUGUAACACGUCUUUGUUUUUGUACAUUUGGAAGGAUUGUGAAAUAAAAAGGCCCACAAAACCAAUAA